CCACUCACUAAAAAUGGUCUAGGUUACGUGCAUAUAUCAAAUAUCAGUGUGUGUUUUUAAGAAAAUUAAUAUAUUAUUAUCUAUCACACAAAUAAAUAUAUAUCUUAAAAAUAUUCCACAAAAAUAUAUAAUCAAAAUAAAAUAUUAAUUUACUAUUUAAAAUAGUGUUUAUAUAAUUGAAAAAAAAAAAAAAAAUUGUAAAGUUAUGUGGCGAGAUGGUAGAAUUGCAAUAUAUGCAAUUUGCCUUUUGGUAUUUCAGGUACGUUUAUCAAAUUCACGUACAUCCUGGAGAUUAAAUGCUGAUGGUAUUGUUAAAUCAACACAAUUUGCUACGUCAAAUGAUGAUGAUCCAAUAUUUGACAUACUUGCAAAUACUGUUAAUUUUAAUAAUGGUCCAGGAUGGAGUAAAAAUGCUGAAGGACAAGAUAAAUAUCAUGUUUUUUGCAAUGAAUAUGGAAAUAUUAUUGCUGGAACUCCAGAUCGACGAUAUGUGUCUCAUUCGAUGCAAGAGCCUUUGAAUAUUACUGAGACUUUAACAACAUCAACAUCAUCAUCAGCAGCAUCAGCUUCUUCAUCAUCAUCUGUAUCCGAUGAAUGUACAGCUGGUCAACAGUGUAAUGAUAUUGUAUUGGAUUGUGGAAAACCAGUUAAUCUUACAUAUUAUGAUAAUUUAGUUGGCAUUGCAAAUAGAAAUAAACAUCCACUAGUACCAGAGCCACAUGUUGCAUUGAUGUUUAAAAAAGGAAGUACUAAAAUUGAAGAUGUUGAUAUUGAUUUGUUGGAACGACGAUUAAAAAAAGCUAAAUUUGAGAAACCAAAGUCUGUACAAUUGUACAAUCAAAUUGGUAAUUUUUGGAGAAUUCGUGGUAAUGCACAAAGAUCAAUUGAAUGUUUUCGAAGAGCCCUAGCUGUAUCACCUCAUAAUGCUGAGGUUUUACUUAAUUUAGCAAGAGUUUUAAUGGUUCUUCAAUAUCUUGAUGAUGCAACAUAUCUAGCUAGACGUUCAUUGGAACUUCAACCACCUGAUCGUAAUGCAUGGGAACAAUACUUGACCCUUGGACAAAUAUUUAAAGCUUAUGGACAUCAUCAAGAGGCAGCUGUACAUCUUCGUCAUGCAUUAGAAUUAAAACCAGAUUUACCAGAUGCUGCUGAAGCACUGAAAGAAGUUGAAUCAUCACCAACUGUCGCAUUGCAACCAUACACUUUGUAUAUUAUUAUUGUUCUUACAUUAUUUGUGCUUGUUGCUGUGGUACAUUUAAUUCAUACAAAUUCAAAUACCAAUACGUCAAUUGAUCAAAUACAACCAUCAACAAAUCGUCAAUUUAAUCGUACAUUAUCAAUGCGUUCACUGCGAAUUCAUGUACCACGUAAUAAACGUUGUUAAAUAUUUUAUAAUAUCAAUUUAUCUAUUUGAUAAUCUUCAAAGAUAUAACACAAAUGAACAAAAAGGAUUUGAAAAACAAUGUGACAUCAUAAAAUAAUAAUAUUAAAAAACCCAAAGAAUUGUGAUAGAAUGUAAAGCAAACAUGACUUAUUAAUUUGCAAUUAUAAUUAAUUAAUAAUUACAAAAGAAAAAAAAAGUGUACUGAUAAAUAAUGGAUAUUUAUUAUAAUCAACGAUUUUAAAAAGAAAAAAAAAAAGUUAAUAAUAAUAAUACAGUACAUUAGUAUGUGAUAGUAAAAUAAAUUCUUCACUACCAUCAUUAUUAAUGUUUAAUAUUUAAUAAUUAUUAUAAUAUAUAUAUAAUUUUUUUUUCCUUUCUUUUCAUUUGUUUUAAUCUUUAAGUAUGAUACAGUCAUUUGGCUGGAUCAAUGUCACAACAGGUACAAGUAAUUUUUGUUUUUUGAAUAUGUUUUUUUUUUUUCUUUCAAUUGUUGGUUUGAUUUAUUUUUCAAAAAAAAAAAAAUAUACAUAGGAAUGAUAUUGUUAAUAAUAAUUGCAUUGCAAUUUUAAUUUAUUAUUGUUUUUUCUUUAUCAUCAUUGUUAAUAUUUUAUUUUAAUUCCAUUUAUGUUUUCUGUUUUCGUUCAAUAAAAUAAUUAUACAUUUUUUUUUUUGUUUUUCGUUUAUUAUUAUAUUGAUUGUUUAUUAUUAUUCUAGUUUUUAAUUAAUAUAUAUUUAUUAACGCUAACUUAUUUAUUUUUUACUGAUUAUUAACAUGCUAUCGAACUCAUGUAAAAUUAUAUUUUUUUUUUCUUUAUUAUUGCGUGAAUAACAAGUUUUAUUAGAACGUUUUUUUUUUUUUUUUUCUUUUUAAAUCUAAGCUUGGUCAUACCAAUAAUAAUGAUAAAUGUUUUUUUUUUUCUUUCAAAAUAUACAUAUUAUAAAUGCUCUCAUCAACAAUUGCAUUUUUAUAAUAAUAUACUAAAUUUGCACGAGAAAAAAAUGAUAUAAAAUGAAAAAAAAAAAAUCGUAAAUUGGAAAAAAAAAAAAAACGUAUUAUUUUUGUUUUAUUUUUAUUUACAAAGUAAUAACGUAAUUUUUAAUUAAUGCAGAUAUACAAGCCUGUCCUCCGGGUUUCCCAUAUAAAUAUAAUUUAAAACUAUAAUAAAAUAAUAUAUUUUUUUUACGUGUUAAUAAAACAUUCUUAGAUAAUUAAAAUACAAAGAAAAAAAAAAAAAAA